GAUAUCACGUCCUAUGACCUCCAAGGUCGAUCAUUUUUUGAGUUGGCGUCAAUGUUGCAGAAACGUAUUUUGUUUGAUGCAAACUCGGCAAAUCCUUUCUUUCGAUGUCAUAUUUAUGGUGCAUCCAAUAUUGCUUUGGUGAAGUCUAAUAUUUUGGGCUCACAGGUUGUGAAGAUGUCGACAUCCUCGCACCCGACAUAUCUUGAAUUUAUCUACGAAAAGAUAUGCUCAAGGAUUCUGUACCGAUUUCUUAUAUUUCGGAUAUUCCUUCUGAGUGAACAUGAUUUUAAGUUUGAAUUGAAGUUCUCUUCUAAUGACAAAAAACCAUUCAUACUCAGCUUUUCUACUAAAUUUCAAUCACUGUCCACGAAGAAAUCUUGUGUGAUGGUCCCACUGUUUUCGGUGUUGAAGUCAAUGUGGUUAAACCUUACUAUAGAUAUGUUUUCGUUCCUGCACGACCUGAAAAUUGAUGCUACUUUGAGAAAACUGCAGAGUAUUACCGUUUAUCCAUUCUGUUUUCUAUCUGAGAUUUCGGUCACUUCGGGUACUAUCACUGAUUCUCCUUUUCAUAAAAAUUCACGAAAUCUGGAAAGCAAAACAUCUAUCAUUUAUCAAGUUUUGAAUGUGCAGAAAAUACGUUUGAGUGAAUGGAGACAAACAGAGUUGAUAAAUAUUCAGUCGAGUGAAAACUUUAAUGACUUUAAGAAGGGAUCGAAUUCGAAUACAACUGGCAACCACCAGUCUCCUGUGAAAGUUUCCUGUCCCUCCUCCUUAGAAGUUGACAAACGUACUUUGGAAAAACAAAGGACAGGAAAACAACCAGUAUCUCUACAAAUCAAAAAGAUAUGUAUUAACGAGCAAAGCUCUCCUACUAUAAAGAAGACAUCAACGGAAUUAAAUGUUUCCAAAGAUCCAAGAAGUUUUAGUGCUGGUGCUGUCGUUAACCGUUCAAACAUUGGUUGUAAUAACAACUAUUCAACAAAUUUAUUUUAUUAUCCAGAAGAAGAUGACAAAUCAAGCCAAUCAAAGAGUGUAAUUCAUACCAAAUCAGAAAAUGAUGGGCAAAAACUAAUCACAGAAACUAAAUUUCAGUCUAUUGGUUUAGGAAAUUUGUAUUUAUUUAACAGUUUACCUCAGCCUGCUCCAAAUCUUUUUACAACAACAUAUACGAAAGAGGUGGAAGCUGAAGCGGUUGGUAUGGAGGAUAGUGAAGACCCAGUAUGUUCAGAAAGUUCCCAUUUACGGCGUAUUAGUAUAGAUCAGCAUUCGUUAAGAGAAUUAAGUGAGGCAGAUUUAAAGUUUAAAGUGUUCAUGGCAUCUGCUUCGCAUCAUGAAAAAUGUAAUUCAACUCUUCACAAGGACUAUUAUCUCCAUGGGUCAAAUGAAAAUCCAUUACAUAUAAAUAAUUCGAAUGAAUACCUUCUUAAUGAUAGAAAUAUCAAGGAAGUCAAUGAACUUGAUCCUCCUCCAAUAGAUUUAGCUGGGUAUGAACGAUCAGAUGAUCUAUCAGCCAGUUUUGAAGCAUCCCUUUUAGCCAGCUUAAAACAGGCUGCAAUGGGCGGGAAUUUAGAGUCUGAUUUGUUAUUCAUGAAACAAGAGUUAACCAGACAGAAAUCAGGUGAAACAGGAACAGCGUCAAGCGCAACAGAUAAUAAAGAUUUUGGUCAGUUUUCUGGUAUAUCGAAAUCAAUUCCACUUUCAUCACAAAGUCCACCAUACAACAAAAUCAGGAAGCGUAUAUUAAAUAGUACUGAAAGUGAACAGUGUGAUAUUUUAAAUGCCAUCAGAAGACAAAUAUUAAAUGUCAGCUUUAGUGAUCAUGAUGAUUACGAUGAAGGAGAAGAUGCCACUACAAGCGAUGGCUUAGGAUCAUUGAUAUACCUGCGUUAUCACUUAGCACAUCAUCACGGCGUAUGUCACCAACCUCCUCACUGGCGUCAGCAGCAGCAAGAACCCGAUGAAAGGUUUGGUGGUCACUCGCCACUCUCUGUGAAUCAUCAAGUGUUACCAACAUCAGAGACAAGUGCCUUUAGACAAGCUAACUACAUUUGCAGUAAUGGGAAAGAUGGUACCAUGUGCAAUCCUUCCCCUACAUCUUCAAUGAUUAAUCAACGUAUUCACAGCACUGAAGAUAUAUCACAACUUAUUACAGGCGUUGAACUGUCUAGUCAUUGGGGUACUGGGACAUCAAAUUCAUCGAAUGAGAGUUUAUCCUAUGCAACAUCUGGUUUUCCAUAUGAACCAAAUCAAUUUAAACAGCAAACGAAUCUACAAGAAACACCAUGCAAUACGAAAGAACAACAACUUAUUCACUCUACUACAACACCAGAUAUCAAUUCAAGCGGUCAACUUAUUGAGUUAAUAUAUGAUCCGGUGCUAAACUGUUAUUAUGAUCCUAAACUAGGCCGUUUUUAUGAGUUGAUAUGACUUAUAGUUUAAACGGUAGACUGAGUUGAUAGUAUAAUUAUCAUAGACAAUCCUGUAGUUAUUAGUUUAUUACUUUUUCCACUUUAUUAACAUGAAUAUUAUUAUGCUAUUUUGUAAAUUAUGUUUUCUUUUCACUAUCCUCUUUCACCUUUUUAUGAAAUUCUGUUUCUAAAGUGUACAGGAUCAUUUCCCUACUCUUUAUUAUCAAGCAAGAAAUGCCUUGUGAUUCAUUUAGAACUUUAUUUUUAACUUGGUUUCUUUUCCUCACUGCUGUAUUGUGAGUUAGAAACUUUUUCAUGAUCUCAUUAUUAGGAAGAUCAUGUUUAUAGUCUUGAAUUGAUGUAGCGUAGUCCUAAUUUGAUCAGUUAGUUUGUAGCUUUUUUGAUAUUGUUGGAUUUUGUACAUAUCUAGAGUUCAUGCUAAGAUCAACGGAAACAAGUGUAAAACAAACAAAUCUAAUCUGUUGUGUUGAAAUAAUAAUUACUAGAGAAGUGUUUAUAAGGUUAUUAUUUAUUGAUACUUGUAAUUUCCCGUUAUUAUUCUGCAUCAACUUUUGUUGGUAUAUCGGUCGCUAUGUAGAUGCCUUGAUAUUUUAUGAGUCAUAAAUUUAUUGACUGUUCCUUACUAGUUGACA